AUGGCGCGCGCAGCAUCCAUGUUCAUGAACGACAUUGCCCUCCUGGUCGGCAUGCCAGGGCGACCGACGGGCCGAGAUGGUUAUGUACCGCCUGUGAGCGGGUUUGAUGACCUGCUAGGCAUCCUGUCCACGCCAAGAGCGCAAUAUGAUCCACCAUACGUCCUCCAGGUCCUGAAAUCAUACAUCAAGCCACGACAAUGGCGGCCACGAGCUCGAGCCGACCUCGAGCGCGAGCUCCAGGUCCUCGCCGCUCUGUUUCCCGAGUUUGCACCAGAGUUCCGAGCCAUCCAUAAAGCUUAUCGCCUGCCGCUCCCCCUCAGUGCUCUCCCGCGCGAAACCACAGUCCCACGCCGGCCGACCACGCUGUACUGCGGGUUUCACUACCUCGACCGAGCGCCCGUUGUCCGCGUCCAGUCGCCAACGGCCGAUCCACCACCGCCGUACGCGAGCGAGGACCCAGAUCCAGAAAGCACACAGCUGCUCGCACUCCGCCUAGCUACCGAGGAGGACGGCGACCCAGAGGGCGAGAUGGGCGAAGAUGAAUCGGCCUUCCACACCGCCGAGCAGGACGUGAGCGACCCCACGGAGAGCGAGCGGGCACCCACGGCGCUCUCCUUCCACUCGCUCUCGUUUGAGUUGGAUACAGCAUUGCAUCCGGCCUUUCGCUACCUCCUCGAGCUCGGUGCCGACGACGCCGGGGACGUCGACAGCCUCGACACCACCACCACCUUGAUCUCCGAGGCAGACUCGGACGAGGACGAGGACGAGGACGAGGAUUUCGACGAGCCCUCCGACGUCGAGUGCUGCUCGAUCUAUGCCACCGAGGACGCCGAUUGA